AUGAGUAGCAUAGCGGAUAUUGAAGAGAUUCUAGAGCUCAAACCCUUGGGUAACAAGAGGUUUGUAUCCAAGACCUUGUCGGUCCCCCCACCGGGUGCCAGAGGUACAUUUGGAGGCGAGCUGAUUGCUCAGGCGUUGCUAGCAGCGUUACAUACAGUACCGUAUAAUUUCGUACCGUGUUCACUACAUGCAUAUUUUGUGACUGCUGGUAGCUCUGAUAUCUAUCUUGAAUAUCAAGUGGAAGACAUUAGAAAGGGCAGAUCGUUUAUUCACCAAGAAGUUAAAUGUUAUCAAGGUUCAAGAUUAGUCUAUUGGACUGCGAUUCUUUGGACGUUGGAAAAGCCAGUCAGUGAGGAUGCCUUACAUCAUUACAAAAAACUGUCACCUCGUCAAUUGGCUCCAUUGGAGUCCAUGAAAUCUGGUGCUGAUCUUUAUCAAAGUCAACUUGCUGGCACGGAGAACUUUAGUAAAAAUUACUUGAAAAGUUUUCAAGUGGGGCCUGUUGAUUAUCGUUUCCCGUCAGAUAUGUUUAUGCCUGACGGUCCCAAGAAUCGAGUUGGUUAUUACGUUCGUGUUAGAGCUCCAAUUACUAGAGAUUGCCAUAGUAAGCACGGCGGAUCUGUGAACCCAAGAAACGAUUUACGCUAUAACUACGUGGCAUUGGCUUACCUUUCGGACCUCUAUUUCUUAUACACCUCUCGUACGUUCCAGGGCCAACCUUUAUUUGAAAAAUACUCGAGAACCGUUUCUCUAGAUCACAGUAUCCAUUUCCACGGUUUGCCUGUUGUGAAUGAUUGGCUAUUCUUUGAAAUUCGCCAUCCAAGAAGCGCUAAUCAGAGAAAUUUAGUCCAGGGCGAAUACUACAAUGCGUCGACUCGUGAAAUUCUCGCUUCCACGACGCAAGAAGGUGCUACGCUCUAUCUUUACAAGGAUGUUAAAUCUAAAUUGUAG